AUGUCGCGCAGAGGUGAGCAGCAAAUCCCAAAACUGGUCUGGUGAUAGCCCUUUUAUGAGUUCUGAAGUUGGGACCCUGUGACAACUUCACUUCACUUGGAGUGUGCUACAUUGGAAAGAACUGCCUUUCAUCCAGUUGGUGGGAUUCCUUUUAGGCGCUUUUGUACAUCUAAGUAGAAUGUGUCACUUUUUAAUGUGUGAUUUAUUUUGCUUUAAUACAACAAGAAAAAAAUGUAAAGUUUGCACUAUGAUUUUUUUUGUUUUAUUUUUUUCCUUCUUUUCAUAAGGAUAUACUUUCUUCAUUGGUAACUAUAUGAGCAUUGUAGUGAUAGUGGUGCCUGUUUCUCUUUUCUGUGAAAUCUAAUAGCAUAUAUGCAUAUAUUCCCCUCUAAUUGUAAAGCGCUGCGGAAUAAGCUGGCGCCAUAUAAAUACCAAUAAUAAUAAUAAUAAUAAAAGCACUAUGUUAAGAUGUAGUGGAUUUCUUACGGAGUAUCCCUUUAAAAUGUGCUGUGGGAAUGUCAGACUAUAGCUUUGGUUAGUACAAUGCAGGAUAAAGCAACACUGUUCAAAAAAUUUAAAAAGUUUAAUCGAAAGAAGAUAAUAGAUAAUAAAAUGCCAGUUUACUGUAUACUAUAAACUAUUUAGUAAGACAGUUUUUUUUUUUUUUUUGUCUGUUGGCUUUAUGCAACCCCUUCUUUCCUUCUUUUUAAGCUGUGGUCUGUAAAGCACUGGUCUGGUCCGAGUUUGUAUCAUCUUAUUGUACAGGAUCUCUUAGCCUGAGGACCGAUAAGAAUAUCUGGUUUGUGAUUUAUAAAACAGUGCCCCUAUUCAGUAAACAAGACACACCAGUUAAUAGCCGCAGGAUCUAAUUUCACUCUGUGCAUUUGUCUCUGAACGAUGUACAAGCUGGAUGAUGGCACUCUCAAGACACUGAGCUUACAUGGUGAAGGCGAUCAGUGGACACAUUGGGUGGUGGAGGCAGGACUCAUACAGUGCACAGUGGUGUCACACACUCGAUGGUGAGAAAAUGUGGCAACUGGAUAUAUUCAGUAGGAGCCCAUUGUACAGGGUAGAUGUAAACAGAUUCUCAACACACUGAAGAGCCAGCAGCAAGAAUUCUGGAUGCAGUUGAACACAUCUGAUGGUAUCUGUAAUUUUGGAUGCAUCUAAGAGCUGGAUAUUUCAUUAAAGGACAUGAUUGCCUAUCUCCCCUGCUAGAACCAACUCAGGCAUGAGUGAUACUUCAGGCUGGUUGAAGCAAUGCUUGGACUUUCUUGAAGUAGGAAAUUACCUACUGGUGAUGUGCAAUGACCACAGUUGCUUCUCCAACUUGAGAUAAAAUGACUGGGUUCUCUUAAGAAUCUGGUGCCUCUAUUUACAAGUAAUUCAUAUUUCAUUUGAACGCCAUUUUACUUCUUCAUUUUAUUGACUUUACGGAGCUCUAUAGAGGUACAGUACAGCAGCAUUUCCCCUCAACCCCAGCCUUACAACUACAUGUAUAUUUUAAUGAGAAGACAAGUAUGGAUGGUAAAGUCAAGAGUUUUAGUCUUACUACCUAGAAUGAAGGUUUUACACCACAUUCUAGAUUAGAGUUUUAAAUUUUAAUUGCUAUAAACAGAAACUUUCUCUACCUUUAUGCUUGUGAUUCUAAUAUUUCGUCAGCAUAAUUUAAUAUAUAAAUUGUUGCAUUAAAUAGAUGCAGGGUAGGCAGUGCAAGUUUAGAGAGUUACGGUUUUCCUGCAAAGUGUCAAUGUGACAUGUGGGAGUCGGGUCGCUGAUAACAUCACGUUGGCAUCUAUUUAAAGCCAUGCAUUUGGAAAGAAUCCUGCCCACCUCAGCUAAAAGGCCGGGUGGACAAGCAUACAAUUGUUUUCUGGCAAUGCUGAAUACAUCCUACAAAAAUCUGAAAUGAAAUUGCAUUUCUGUUCUGUGUGAACAUUCAAGAGAAACUUCACAAUGUCCACAAGUAUUCUGUGCUUCCGAUCAUCCAUCAAACGAAGGCGAUCAGGUGAGACUAGACUCUCUUACCAACCCUUUUUGGAAAAUUAAAACCAUAGAUUAGUUUGUUUAUUCUUUUUUUUUGUUAGGAAACGUUUUAACGUAUUCCGUUUCAGAGAUUGAUUUGUUUUACGUUGUUUGCAUAGUAGCUUAUCAAGGAAGGUUUAAAAUAAAAUAAUUAAAUAGCCAUUUCACAUGAAAAAUAAAGACACUUAGUUAAAUACUAACAGACAUAUCUUGUGGAAUCGGAUAAGAUUAAUGGUGGCUGUUAGGGAAAGGAAAAUUAAAUGAUCAGGUGAGAGGCAAAACAAAAAUAAUGGACAAUGUGCAAGCUUUGUGAAGGUUAGAGAAGAUGAUUUUGAAUAUGUUGGUGGGUAGUUGACUGGAUGCGACAAUGGAAUUUUAAGCUUGGAGUUCUCAUAAUUGUGAAUGAAUCCACAGGAGGGGCAAUGGGCAAGGAAGAACAUUAAGUGACAUUUUAAGAAUAUCCUAGAGCUGAAGUGACCAAAGAUAGAUGUACAAAUUUUAGAAGACAACUUCCUUGAAGCUUUGCCAGGUUUAGGUUGGGCAGACCAUCUUGGGAGCAUAAAAUAAUAAAUCACAGAAAAAAAGAAAGCGCUAGGGGUAGCGCCGCAAUUUUGAUAUGUACAGUGAUAUAUACAGUAUGUAUUAUAUAAUAGAUAAACAAAUAUAUAGUUAAGAGUCCAAAAUGGUUGUUAACAACCCAAGGUAUUGCAAAUAGGGUAUGUCCAGUCUUUUGUAGAAGCCACUUAGUAACAAACACUGGCCAAAACUGGCAUUUAAAUUAGUUUUUUUGCAUUUUUCACACACAGACACACACACACACACAAACAAACAUUAACACUAACUUUGGCCAGUGUUUGUGACCAAGUGGCUACUAAAAAAGACUUAACAUACCCCAUUUGCAAUACCUUGGGUUGUCUACUAUUGCAAAUGGUAUGCCAUCAUGGGGGUAAUUCUCAUUCCUGAGCUACCAUACGGUGUCUCAAAGGCAACGUAACUAAUCUGGCGAAUUUCAAUGUGAAAAAACUGUAACUUCCCAAAACACCAUAAAACCUGCACAGGGGUACUAUUUUACACGUGAGACAUCGCUGGAUACAAAUAUGUGUAUUUUAUUGCAGUAAAAGCAAACACUUUCACAUUCACAGUUAAAAUGUCAUGCAGAACUAAAAAAUAAAUAACAGUUCUUAUUUUCUCCCAUUUUUAAAAUAUUUGAUUCAUAUUAAAUUAUGUUUCAUAGCUAAAUAUUUGAUGUAAAAUGAAAGCCCUGUUUUCCUUGAAUAAAAUGAUAUACAAUAAGUGUGGGUGCACAUAAUAUGAGUUGAAUUACGGUUGAACAGACAUAUUGUCAAAUUCCAGAUUUUGUUUUGAUCACAGCGUGUACAUUUGGCUCAGUCCUUAAGGGGUUAAAAACCACUAACAGGUGAUGGGAAUAAUAUUGAUUAAAAUGUCACCUGUCAAACAGUGGGUUAUAUCAUGCUUUAAGUGAACAAUCAGUUCUUGAAUUUCAUGUGUUGGAAUCAGGGAAAAUUGGCAAGUGAAAAGAUCUGAGUGACUUUGACAACGGCUAGACGACCGGGUCAAAGCAUCUCCAAAACAGCAAGUCUUGUGGGGUUGUUACUGGUAUGCAGUGUUUAGUACCUACCAAAAGUGGUGCAAGGAAGGACAACCAGCGAACCGGUGUCAGUGUGAUGGGUGCCCAAGGGAUAGGAGAGUCGUAAAAGUAUGUACUAGACAGUGAAUUGGUUUAUAUUCUAAAACACGGGUAAAGUUAGGUGUAAUUUAUUUCAUUAGCAUAAGCUGUAAUUUAAAGAUGACAUUAUAAUAAAUAUUUUGAUACUGUACAAAUAUAUGUACUCUUGUUGGCUUACAUAGUCCUUUGUGUGUGUGUGUGUGUGUAUGAACAAACUGAGCACACUGAACAAAAUUAUAAACGCAACACUUUUUUGUGUUUUUGUCCCCAUUUUUCAUGAGCUGAACUCAAAGAUCUAAGACUUUUUCUAUGUACACAAAAGGCCUAUUUCUCUCAAAUAUUGUUCACAAAUGUGUCUAAAUCUGUGUUAGUGAGCACGUCUCCUUUGCCGAGAUAAUCCAUCCACCUCACAGGUGUGGCAUAUCAAGAUGCUGAUGCUGACAGCAUGAUUGUUGCAAUGGUGUGCCUUAGGCUGUCCACAAUAAAAGGUUAAAUCACUUUGUUUAUACAAUCCUAGUUACACCUACCUGCAUGUGACUUUCACAACCUUCCUAAACAAUUCCUUUAAAUAAAGAUCUAAUGCUUAAACUUCCUUUAUUGUACAUUCUGUUUAAUUUAGAAUAUCUUCUCUCUUGCUAUGUUAAUAGCCUUCAAUACCCUGCAGGAUCCUUCUGUGUGUGAUUAAAAGAACACUGUAGUGUUAAGAAAACAUAGCUGUAUUUCAAACACUACAAUACUGAUGCACCUUAACAUUUUGGUCCUUCAAUUGUAAAAAAAUUUUUUACAAAAUUAACAAACUACCUUUUCUCCAGGGGGGCAGGACUGCAGGCACCAUAACAACUUCAGUAAGACUUGUUAAAAUGCCUAGAGUGUCCCUCUUGCAAUUUGUUUUCUGGCUGUGCCUGGACUGAAUUGGACUAAUUUUCUAAAUUUUUAAUAUACAUUUAAGAUAAAAAAGAGUAUAUGAUUUGUAAUAUUUUAAGCAGGUGUAAUUUCUAAAGAAGUGAUGGUUCCGCUUUAAGAUGCUAAAAAAUGAAUAAUACAUACUAUUUCUUGUGAUGUACAAUUGAUAUACAAGCUGUUGAGUACAGUUUGGUAAAGAUUUGUAAUAUACCGCUAAGAUGGCACCAGUUGCAGAACAAAUUAAAAUUUAGGCUGGUCACAGGUUUCAUUUCUGAGAGUACCAACAAAACCUGUAAUCUUUCUAAGUUGAGUCAUAGUAAUAUCUAUGAAAUAUUUUGAAUUGACAGCCUGUGCAAUAUCAUUUAAGUUUCUUAAGAGGGGAAACUGUAGAUUGUUAUAUGUAAUGUCAGUUGUUACAUAGUUACAUAGCUGAAAAGAGACUUGCGUCCAUCAAGUUCAGCCUACCUCACAUGUUUUUUGCUGUUGAUCCAAAAGAAGGCAAAAAAACCCAGUUUGAAGCACAAUUUUGCAACAAGAUAGGAAAAAAAAUCCUUCUUGAUCCCAGAAUGGCAGUCAGAUUUAUCCUUGGAUCAAGCAGUUAUUACCCUACAUUGAAAGAUUAUAUCCUUGAAUAUUCUGUUCUUGCAAGUAUGCAUCUAGUAGCCGUUUGAACAUCUGUAUGGACUCUGAUAAAACCACUUCUUCAGGCAGAGAAUUCCACAUCCUGAUUGUUCUUACAGUAAAAAAACCUUUCCUUUGCCUUAGACGAUAUCUUCUUUCUUCCAGUCUAAACGCAUGGCCUCGUGUCCUAUGUAAAGUCCGGUUUGUGAUCAGACAUGGGUCAGACACACACAGUGUGCGUGUAUGUGUCUGCAUGGGUCAGACACACACAGUGUGCGUGUAUGUGUCUGCAUGGGUCAGACACACACAGUGUGCGUGUAUGUGUCUGCAUGGGUCAGACACACACAGUGUGCGUGUAUGUGUCUGCAUGGGUCAGACACACAGUGUGCGUGUAUGUGUCUGCAUGGGUCAGACACACACAGUGUGCGUGUAUGUGUCUGCAUGGGUCAGACACACAGUGUGUGUGUCAGCCAACACAAGUAAUUUUAUGUCUGCUUGAGUCAGUGUGUGUGUGUGUCACUCUGCAUGAGCCGGCGAAUGUGUGUCUGCAUUGGCCACUAAUUGUGAUUAGUUGCUGCAGCACCUUGUCUUGAGUUAACCAAUUACAAUUAUUCUGCAAGUUUUUAGUUGCAAUCAUUUGCACAUCUAUUGCCAUGGGUUCUUCCUUAAUAUAUAUGGAGGGGAAAUAGUUAUUUAAAAUUCUUGCCUUUUCCUGAUCUUCAUUAACUAACACCCCCGUUUCAGUUUUUAGUGUACCUACACUUUCAUUUUGUUUUUUUUUAGAAUUUAUGUGCUUAAAAAAUGCUUUGGGGUUGGUUUUGCUCUCUUCAGCUAUCAUUAUUUCAUUUUGAAGUUUAGCAAGUCUAAUUGCCUUUUUGCACGCAUUAUUUGCAUCCUUAUAUCUUUUAUAAGAUGCAUCUGAUUUGUCCGAUUUAAAUGCCCUUUUCUUAGUUGUAAUCUCUUGUUUUACUUCUCUACUAAACCACAUUGGUUUUAAUUUGUUUCUUUUACAUUUAUUUCCCAAUGGUACAUACUGAGAAAUGUACCUUUGUAAUAUUUGUUGGAAGAUGAUCCAUUUAUCCUCAGUGUUCUUUUCACUAAAGAGUUUAUGCCAGUCAAUAUAUUGUAAAGCUUCCCUUAACUUAUUGAAAUUGGCCUUUUUAAAAUUAUAUGUUUUAGUAUUCCCCAUGUGCUUUUGUUUUUUUUGAGUUUAUUUCAAAGGACACUAUAUUGUGAUCACUAUUCACUAUCACUAUAUUGUGAUCACUGUUAAACUGCAUGACGUGGUAAUUCUGUUUAUAUUAUUACUUUAUAUUAAAGCCAAUUUUCAAAAUGAUUUGCUUGUGAUUUUCAAAUUAUUCAGUCAGUGUGCUAGGCGUGACAUUUAUAGAUAUUUUAGAAGUUAUGUUUAAAAUAUAAGUAAAUAAAAAUGCAAUAUUUCUCUGUAUGGGUUAACUCUGUUUCUCUUUGUUUUCAUAGUAGGCCCAGUUAUGGCUUCCCGAGUUAUGAUACAGAAUGAAUUCCAAUGCAGCUCACCCGUUAGCACCACGCAACUCGCAGACAUGAGUGCAGGUAAUAUCCUUUGCUGUAUAUUAUUGUAGUGAACACAAAUGUUUUAUCAGUAGACAGAAUAAAGCCUACCGAAGAGAUCACAUUCCUUUUAAAUUAUUGUAUUUUAAUUAUUAAUAUAGAGCAGGGGCAGGUAACCUUCUGUACUCCAGAUGUUGUGGACUCAGGGCCGGCGCUCCCUGUGUCUGCAUGGGUCAGUGUGUGUGUGUCUGCUAGGGAUGGUGUGUGUGUGUCUGCUGGGGACAGUGUGUGUGUGUCUGCUGGGGACAGUGUGUGUGUGUCUGCUGGGGUCAGUGUGUGUGUGUGUGUCUGUAAGGGACAGUGUAUGUGUCUGCAUGGGUAAGACACACACAGUGUGUGUGUGUGUAUGUGUCUGCAUGGGUCAGACACACAGUGUGCGUGUAUGUGUCUGCAUGGGUCAGACACACACAGUGUGCGUGUAUGUGUCUGCAUGGGUCAGACACACACAGUGUGCGUGUAUGUGUCUGCAUGGGUCAGACACACACAGUGUGCGUGUAUGUGUCUGCAUGGGUCAGACACACACAGUGUGCGUGUAUGUGUCUGCAUGGGUCAGACACACAGUGUGCGUGUAUGUGUCUGCAUGGGUCAGACACACACAGUGUGCGUGUAUGUGUCUGCAUGGGUCAGACACACAGUGUGUGUGUCAGCCAACACAAGUAAUUUUAUGUCUGCUUGAGUCAGUGUGUGUGUGUGUCACUCUGCAUGAGCCGGCGAAUGUGUGUCUGCAUUGGCCACUAAUUGUGAUUAUGUGGACCAUUGAGUGUGUACGUGAGGGUGUGUAUGUAUCAGUGAUUGCAUUUGGGCAGAAAGGACCAUCAAAAAAAAAAAUCAAUAGUUUUAAAAGCAGGGCCGGACUGGCCCACCGAGAUACAGGGUAACUUCGUAGGUGGGCCGUGGCAUCUGGGGGCUGCGCAGGUAUGUGCCACCAGGUGGCCAGUCCGGUGGCACACUCAGAGGGAGCCGACCGCGUUCCACGCUGGAGCUGCCGGGCCGGGUGGCAGCCUCGCCGGUCCGGCGGCACUCCUAAUGCUGAGGACUGAAGGAGGAGGGAGCAUGUCUCUCUACCAUGCUCCCUCGCGGUUCCCACAAUUCACAGCAGCAUGUGGCAACAGAGAGAGGGUGAAUAGAUAGAAGCAGGGGAAGAAAGAGACAGUGGGAGAAUAGAGAGAGACAGAGGGGGAGAGUACACAGGGAAAGGGGGGAGAAAAGAGAAGGGGGGAGAGUGAGACACAAGGGGAGAAAGAGGGAGAGAGACACAGGGGAAAGGGGAGAAAGAGACAGAGAGUGAGACACAAGGGGAGAAAGAGGGGGAAUGGUAGAAGAGAUGGUAGAGGGAGAGAGAGACACAGGGAAAGGGGGGAGAAAGAGACAGAGGGGAAGAGAGAGAGACACACACAAGGGGAGGGGGAGAAAGAGGCAGAGGGGGGAGAGAGAGACUGGGAAGGAGAGGGGAGACAUGGACACAGAGGAGCAGUGAGGGGGAGAAAGAAACAUACAGAGGGGCUGUAUAUAUCACUGGUGGAUCCAGGGGGGGCAAUGGGCAAUUCCCCCCACCCCCCCGAGGCUCUCCCCUGCUGGCCAAUGCAGGGCUGGCACCAGGGCCGCCAUCAGAAAUUUUGGGGCCCCUGACAAAGCACAAGGUCUGGGCCCCCUCCCCUCCCCUUCGCCCUACCUAGUCCGCUGACAAUGAUGCAGGACUGAAUGUGGUGUGUAUAUUGGAAGUGAAUUAGAAUGUGUGUAAUGGAUGUAGUGUUUGUGUGUAUUAGAUACUGUUUGUGCAAUGAAUGCAGAGUGUGUGUUUGUGUAGCGGAUGCAUUGUGUAUAGUGAACGCAGAGUGUGUUUGAGUAGUGGAUGUAGUGUGUGUACAGUGAUGUAGUGUGUGUUUGUGUAGUGGAUGUAGUGUUUGUGUGUACUAGAUGAAAUGUGUUUAGUGGAUGCAGUGGAUGUAGUGUGUGUGUAUUAGACACAGUGUCUGUGUAUAGUGAAUGCAGAGUGUUUCAAUUUGUGGUGGAUUUAGUGUGUGUACUGUGAAUACAGGAAGUUUGUGUAGUGGAUGCUGUGUGUACAGUUAAUGCAGAGUGUGUGUUAUUGUAGUGAAUGCAGAGAGUGUGUUCAUGUGUGUUCAUGUGUAAUGAAUGCAGAGUGUGUGUUAGUGUGUAGUGAAUGCAGAGAGUGUGUUCAUGUGUGUUCAUGUGUAAUGAAUGCAGAGUGUGUGUUAGUGUGUAGUGAAUGCAGAGUGUGUGUUAGUGUGUAGUGAAUGCAGUGUAUGUGUUAGUGAAUGCAGUGUAUGUGUUAGUGUAUGCAGUGUGUGUGUUAGUGUAUGCAGUGUGUGUAUUGUAUUGGUGUAUACAGUGUGUGUUUUGUGUUGGUGUAUGCAGUGUGUGUUUUGUGUUAGUGUAUGCAGUGUGUGUAUUGUAUUGGUGUAUGCAGUGUGUGUAUUGUAUUGGUGUAUGCAGUGUGUGUAUUGUAUUGGUGUAUGCAGUGUGUGUAUUGUAUUGGUGUAUGCAGUGUGUGUGUUGUGUUAGUGUAUGCAGUGUGUGUGUAAAUGUGCAAUCUCGGGGGUGGGGAGGAAGGGGCAUUUUCACAUAAAUUUCACAUACAUUUCCUAUUAAAUUAAUUAACUGUUUCUCCCCCCUCCCUGCUUCUUACCUGUGUCCAGGGAGGGGGGAGAUUCAUUCCCUGGUGGUCCGGUGGCAUGGGGGGCCCCCAGCUCCUUGUUACCGCAGAGGGGGCCCAGCACACAGAUUCUUCUCUUCUAAUAACUCUUGCGAAACCCGCGGAGCGUUGCCAUGGUAACCAGGUCUCGCGAGAGCUAUUAGAAGAGAAGAGCAAUGUGCUGGGCCCCCUCUGCGGUAACAGGGAGCCGGGGGCCCGCGGCUGCACACAUAGAUAGCGACAGAAAGGGAAAGUGGAUCCCCCAGGAUCGCCGGACCCGUCACAACCGUUAUGGUUGUCACCCCCUGAUGGCGGCCCUGGCUGGCACUGUCCAAGCGCCCUGUGCCUUCACGGACUGGAGGGGAGAUCAGGCAGGCAGCCGGCAGAGGAGGGAGGAAGAGAGGACCCGGGAGCUCAGCUUGCAGCUCCCCCGGGUCCUUCUUGCGCGAGUACAGAGCGUUGCCGCGGUUACAGCGGUAACGCUCCGGCUCUCGCGAGAGUGAACUCUAGCCCUGGAGCUACGGGCUAGAGUUCACUCUCACCACUGCGACCACCAGGAACUCCUGGUGGUCGCAGUGGUGAGAGUGAACUCUAGUCCCAUACACACACUGCCCCCACACACACCAUACACAUUCAAACACUGCCCCCCCAUACACACACACAGACCCCCAUACACACAUUGCCCCACACACCCUACACACUGAACCUUUCACACAAACUGCACCCCUCACACAUUGCACCACUGCUCCAAUACCUUACUACAGCCCCAUAUCCCAGCAGACCCCAGGUAAGUUGUCAAACUGUUCUUAAACGGUUUGACUACUUACUCUGGGAGCGGGUCCUGGCACUCCUGGCACCAUAACCACUACACAGAGCAGUAGUGGUUAUUGUGCCUGGAUUAUUUCUUUAAAUAAUCUAUAAAUGCCCCUCCCGAGAUCAGGCUCUGGAUCCGCCACUGGUAUGUAUGUAUGUGUGUGUGUAUAUAUAUAUAUAUAUAUAUACAUAUAUAUAUAUAUAUAUAUAUGACAUGUAUAUUAAUGUGUGUAUUAGUUAUAUAUAUAUAUAAUUAUACCUUUAAUAUUUACACAUAUAUUAAUGUACAUUUAUAAAUGCAUAAUACACAGAGAUAUGUCAUUGAUAUGUACCAUAUGUAAUGAGCAGAUAUUGGCCCAGUCUUGUUGCUAGGUGCAUACUCCAGCACAAUAACAUAUUUAAAGUGAAGAGCGCACCCAAAGGACUUCAAAAUAAACAAGAUAACGUAAUUUUUUACAGUCGUGCCCUACAUACAUUCACCAUUUCAGUCCCAUUACCAAGCUUUCCUUAAUGUGUCAUGGUAGUUCGACUGAAACAUUGGUUAUAUACAAAAGCACGUCUGCUUAAAAUAAAUCUGCACUCUUGUUUUUUUUAUAAGCCUAUAUGUGCUUUUUUUUCACGUUGGAGUAAUAAUUUUAAAUUUUAAGUUAUCUUUUCUAACUCUGUAUCUGCUCACUAUGCUGGCGCAACGCAUAAUGGGGCUGGUAAAUAAUUUUUUUCCAGGGCUGCUUUUAAUUCUCAGUCCGGCCCUGUUUAAAAGAACACUAUAGUGUUAGGAAUAUAAACCUGUACUCCAAAUACUAUAGUGCAGGCAUAGGCAACCUUCGGCACUCCAAAUGUUUUGGACUACACCUCCCAUGAUGCUUUGUUAGCAUUAUGGUUGUAAGAGCAUUAUGGGGAAUGUAGUCCACAACAUCUGGAGUGCCGAAGGUUGCCUAUCCCUGCUAUAGUGUAUCUGUCCCUACAUAGAUUGAAACACCCCCCCACCAUAAAAUGAUUUUUAAAAAAAGAGAGAGGGGGGUUUACUUUCAUUAACAUUUUUCAAGCACCAAGAUUCCCUCUGCACUGCUUUUGCCUCCUUACCUCGCUUAAUGUCACUGAUGGGACAACACUGUUCCAAUCCAAUGUUACUCAUGCAGGAGCAUUGGGGAUCUGAUGCGCAUACAUGGCAAGCUCUAUGCACUUCCAACAGCAGAUGUGCCUCUAGUGACUGUCAGUGUGACAGGUACUAGAGGCAUGUUUAACCCUUCAAGGCAAGGCAAUGUUUUAUCUUGCCAGGUUAAACCUACUGGACUGCUGUGAAUUUAAUGGGGCGGCACAUUUUUUUUUUUUGCAUAGGGUGGCAGAAAUCCUUGCACCGGUCCUGUGUGGACUACAUCAUACCUGAUGCUUUGCUAAUAUAAUGGCUGUAAGAGCAUUAUGGGAGAUGUAGUCCACAUGAUCUGGAGAGCCAAAGGUGUAGAUGAUGGAUACUAGCAUCCUUCAUGUAGAGGGGACUCACCGCUCGUAAAUGAACUCUUGAUUCAUUUUAAUACAGUAUCUAUUUGCCCCAGUGCCUCCAGGAAUCAAACAUGACUUGGCAUAGACCUAUUUACUUCUUGUGGACACAAUGGUGUUUAGGUUUACCUGAUCCCUAUUUCCCUCUGCCCAAAAAGCUGAUUCCACAACUUCUAGAUUCUUUCAGUCCAGGUUUGAACAAAACACAAUCUUUUUCUAUCGCAAACUGGGCAGAUCUGCAAACCUCUAAGCAAAUGUUAACCGUUUUAUUCAAAGUCCAAGCCUGUUCUAUAAAAGAGAAGAGAUUUUAAUGUGUACAAUUUUGUAUAAUGACGUGAUACUGUGCAUUGCACAAAAACGUUCAGGCAAGUCUUGGAAAUCAGAUGUUAUCUCCUUGUCUUGGAAACCAAGCUGAUCUUCAACUGAGCAAUCAGAGACACUAACAUAAAUGCCACCACGAAGAGCAAACUGGGUUUCUAUGUCACUAAACUGGAAGAGUCUGAAAAUAUUGGAACCAGUAUAUUUCUGUUAUCCAUUCAAUAUGCCACAUUUUUCUUCUUUAUCAUCUGUCUUCGCACUAUAUAAUUAUGUCACUGGCUCUUGUGUCGCUCUCCCAUUCAAAAUCCCAGUACCUAAAACACGCUGCACUUAAAAGUCCCAGUUUAUUUUCCUUGCUGGUUCUUUUACUGUAUUCAUAGUCUUAUUUUGCUAUAUGCAGCAUUUCUUUCCAAAGUCAUUAGAAUCUUUGCUGCAAUCAUACUGGAGGUCCCUUUCACUCAGUUUUAUGAAUGGGGAGCUAUUGAUUCACUUAGAGCAACAACUGAUUAUUAUUAUUAUUUAUAAUAGUUCCAUAGCGCUGUACAAUGGGUGAACUAACAGACACAUAUUUGUAACCAGACAAGGAACAGAGGGAUUGAGGGUCCUGCUCAAUGAGGGACACAAAAAGUAAAGAUAGGGUAGAAAUGUAGGUUGCUAGGCAGGGCUGGACUGGGGAUACAAAGCAGCCCUGGAAAAAAUAAGAAAUUGCCAGCCCCAUAAUUUACUGCGCCUAAUUCACUGCUGACUCCCCUCCCCCUAUCUAAUACACUGCUGACCCCCCCUCCCCCUAUCUAAUAUACUGCUGAACCCCCCUCCACCUAUCUAAUACACUGCUGACCCCCUAUCUAAUGCACUGCUGAACCCCCUAUCUAAUAUACUGCUGACCCCCCCUAUCUAAUAUACUGCUGACCUCCCCCCUUCCCCAUCUAAUACACUGCUGCCCCCCUCUAUCUAAAACACUGCUGGGCCCCCCCUCCCCCUAUCUAAUACACUGCUGAACCCCCUAUCUAAUAUACUGCUGACCCCCUAUCUAAUACACUGCUGACCUCCCCCCCUCCCCUAUCUAAAACACUGCUGGGCUCCCCUCCCCCUAUCUAAUACAUUGCUGACCCGCUCCCCCUAUCUAAUACACUACUGGACCCCCUCCCCACUAUCUAAUACACUAGUGCCCCCCCCCACUAUCUAAUACACUACCGGCCCCCCUCCCCACUAUCUAAUACACUAUUGGGCCCCCUCCCCACUAUCUAAUACACUAGUGCCCCCCCCCCACUAUCUAAUACACUACUUGGCCCCCCUCCCCACUAUCUAAUACACUACUGCCCCCCCUCCCCACUAUCUAAUACACUAUUGGGCCCCCUCCCCACUAUCUAAUACACUAGUGGGCCCCCUCCCCACUAUCUAAUACAUUGGUGGGCCCCCUCCCCACUAUCUAAAACACUACUGGCCCCCCUCCCCCUAAUACACCCCUCAAAUGCAAAACACAGUAGGUUCCCCAAACCCCUUUACUCCUACCUGAACUACAAGAUGCAGACAGGGCAGCUCAGCUCAGUGAUGCCGGUGUCUGUGUGCAGGAGGGAAGGGAUGCUGCCAUGCUGUGCAGUGUAGAUCCGCCGCUGCGCAGCCACCAGAUUUGACGUCAUGUUGUCAUAUGCUGCUCACAUCCGGCGGGCGGAAAAAAUCAUUGCGUUCGCUCUGCUCUUCUGAUCAUGAGCCGCAGACGCAUCGGUAGGCCGCAGAAGUACGAAGUAACAGGAAAAAUAUUUUUCACAUCUUAAAGCGGCCCCGGGGCCGGCGGCCUACCGGGAAAUUUCCCGGUAUCCCGGUAGGCCAGUCCGGCCCUGUUGCUAGGAUAGUGCAUUAUGGCCUCAUAUUGAUGCUGUAUUUAUUUCACUUCCAAAUCUCUUUAGUUUUCAUGAAAAUAAAUAAAUCUAAAAAUUAAUCUUUCUGCAGCUUUCUUUUCAUAAAAGUUGAUUGGAAGGUACUCAGUGAAGCUUAGCCAAUAAGAGAUCAGUGUCAGCUAAAAUGUUGACUUAACUGCUCCACAGCCAGUCUCUGUCCCCGUCUUAUCUGUAUUUUUAAAGGACCACUCUAGGCACCCAGACCACUUCAGCUUAAUGAAGUGGUCUGGGUGCCAGGUCCAGCUAGGGUUAACCCAUUUUUUAAUAAACAUAGCAGUUUCAGAGAAACUGCUAUGUUUAUUAAUGGGUUAAGCCUUCCCCCUAAUUCUCUAGUGGCUGUCUCAUUGACAGCCACUAGAGGCGCUUGCGUGCUUCUCACUGUGAUUUUUACAGUGAGAGCACGCAAGCGUCCAUAGGAAAGCAUUGUAAAUGCUUUCCUAUGCGACGGGCUGAAUGCGCGCGCAGCUCUUGCCGCGCGUGCGCAUUCAGCCGGCAGGGAGGAACGGAGGAGGAGAGAAGGAGGAGAGCUCCCCGCCCAGCGCUGGAAAAAGGUAAGUUUUAACCCCUUUCCCCUUUCCAGAGCCGGGCGGGAGGGGGACCCUGAGGGUGGGGGCACCCUCAGGGCACUAUAGUGCCAGGAAAACGAGUAUGUUUUCCUGGCACUAUAGUGGUCCUUUAAGUAUAAUUUAUCAACUUGUGCUAAGAAGAAUGGGCCAGAUUGCAAGGCGACAGUGAUUGGCUCUGAGUGAUGUUAUCAGCUCGGUUCACACUGAUCUCUCAUACACUGUGCUGAAUACCUACUUGGAAUACAUCUAAUAAGGAAGCUGACUCAUGAAAAGUGGGAGAUAGCAGUUACACUGCAAACUAAUUCUUUUUAAAUGUAUUUUUUUUUUUUUUUUUUUAAACUGAAGAGAUUUUCAUUUGACUGUGAGCCAAAUAGCCAAUACACUCUGAAAUAGUCUUUUUCAAUUAACCAGUCAGAGGCCGGAGUAAUGGAAGUAUAGGAUCAAGUCGUUGCAAUAGAGAGAGAAGCAGCGAAAAAAUGUUUCUGAGGGGCAAAGAGUUUGACAUUUUGCAUAUAUACAAGAUACCAGUUACAAGCAAAGAAAUGUUUAGUUACCAUCCCCUUUCUACAAAUUCACUACAAUGCACAUACACUUUGUUUGCACUUGUCUUGUGAGGAAGGAGAGAGUGACUAACAUCUGUUGGCCUUGAGAGUUUCUUACAAAAGAAAUUGCUAAGAAAACACUUUUGUUUAUUAACCCUUCUAUUACCACACAGCAAGCUUAUCCAACAUAUACUGAAUUAUACCGGUUUGCAUUUUAUCUUUACAACUACUAUAUUUGCCAGAGAUUAAAUACAACAUUAACAAAAGGACAAAGCUUAACAAAUGCACUUAAAGAGGCGCUGUAGCGAUACAAACAUAGCAUCUCAAUGGAAUGCUAUAGUGUUCUUCUAACAAUUUGAAUGCCCCCCCCAGUAAGCAAUAAAUAAAAAUUCACAUUUACUUUUCAGCCUAUGACUAUCCAAUGCUUCCUCAAAGGGCAAUCAAAAUGUUCUCUAUGAGAACUGAGUCUGACUCGCACUGAAAGCGCCUCUAGUGGCUGCCAGGAAGACAGACAUUACAGGUGUGUUUAAACCCUGCAAUUAAAACAUUAGCUUUCUCACGAAACAGGGACGGUGCACCCAGGCCACUUCAUUUAGGUCCUUUUUUUUUCUGCUUGCAUGUUCUUAACUUCUAAAAUCACCCUCCGAGUUGAUAACGCUAUUCCUCUAUGCACCAAAUGAAGCUAAACUAAAAUGACUUAACAGGACUUGUGUUCUCACUCGUCCAGUUUUCAUUUCAGUAUUAAAUCAUAGCAAUUCUUAUUCGUUCUCCCUAGUUGCUAAUAGACCCUUUUACACACACUUGCCUUGAGUAGUGAAAGGGUUAAGUAUUCUAAUCCAUCCAGGUAUACGGUAUCUCCAAUAUCCUAUUGGAACGGAGUAUUGAGAUUUUGUUUCCAUGGUGACACUCCAGCCUAUCCUGCCAUUAGAUGCUCCACAUAUUUCCAAGUAGUGUGCAGUGUGCUCUUAGAAGCUGGAUCACUUGGUGAAGGCACACACAACAUGCAAGCAUCGCCCCGGAGACUCUCAGCUGUUGGCAUCCUCAGCAACUUUUUUCACGGACGUAGACACUCCACAUCAGAUGUUUUCAACCAUCUCCAACGGAGGCGUAGCUCCGCCAUAGAAGUUUUAUCUUCUUCAACGCAUAGAGUGAUGGUGGCUGUAUCUGCAGUUGGAGAAAGUGACAUGAAUGCAAAUAUUUGCGAGCUAACACGUAAUUACUUCCUUUAUUUAAUUCAGUUAUCUCUGUUCUCAGGGAAACUGAGGCUGUUAGUUUCAAGUAUGGACUUUGGAAUAUGUUCUUCAAAGGUUCUUUAAACUUUCCCACGAGAAUUGGGCUAUUUACCUGCUCUCUUCUCUAGGCAACCUAUGUAUCAAACUUUGUAAAUACACACUGCUUUAAAAAUCAGUUUCUGAAAAUAUUCCAAGAAUGUUUCUUAUGUCCGUUAAUACUCUGAUGAAUGUACUUGUUAAUCUCUUUUUAAUUAAAGUAACAUAUUACAUGCUCAAAAUUUUAUUAGUAUUGCCUUUCCUUGAUAUUUUUUUUUUUUUUUUUUUACUUUUUGUUAUGACAAAGCUGUUUAGCAUAUUUAGGGGAAAAUAUUACCCUUUUUUUUUUCACUGAGCCAGGAUUUGUGAAUAAAAUAAGAAUUUAAUUAUUUAUUUAUUUUUAAAUUCUGUCCAAAACAAGUGAGUUGGAAAGUUUUACCAAUUAGCGCAUUGUGGGCAAAAAUUUGCAAUUUAAAAGGGAUUUUAAAGAAUUGACAGUUGUAUUGAAUAACCCCAGAGUUCUUUGGCUAGCAGCUGUUUCUAUGUAGUCAGAAAUCAUUGCAAAUGUUGGAUGUAUUGCAGAGUCACACAAUUGCAAAACUGACCCAUUUUUCUAAACAUUUGUUUGAACCAAUUCAUUUUUCUUCUUUCUCUCCAUGAAAUAUAAUUAUUAUAUAAGUCUAAAUACCAUUUCAGGAGUGUAAUGAUUGAGGUUGCAGAAUGGAGGAUGGAUGGAAUUUGCAUGAUGCUGUGGAAAAAAUUAGCUGUGAGCUAACUUGUUGCAUGUUAAUUUAUACAUUUCUAUUUACACAGGCUAAUCAUCCUAAUAUCUAAGAUGUAUGUCUUCAGCCAGGGAUUCUCCUAAAAUAUAAUAGACAGGGCUGUAUUUAGAACUUUGUUCACUGGAUCAUUACAUCCAUCUCAACAUUCUUUAUAAAAAAAAAAAAAAUAUAUAUAUAUAUAUAAAUAUAUUUCAAUAAGAAAUGAAAUGUGCCUAAUGGCAGUAAUAUGUAGAUGUUUUAAUUGUAGAUGUGUUUAACCUGUCAUGAACCUCGUAAAAUGUUUAGGGAACAAUCAAGAGUUCUGCUGUUGUUUGCCACUAAAUUUUUGGUAUACAUGCUAUUCCAUAGCGUAGCUCCCCUGGCUGUAAAUUGAUUAAUAUGGUUAAUAAGUAUUUUGAUAUAUUAUACAAUUUGUACAUUUGCUGGCAAUUCUGCUAGCACAGGUAUAGAUUAAAUGCAAUUGUCUUCUAAGUGGCAUCAUGUCUCUGUUAGGCAAGACAGGUGCCCUUUAAAGCUAUCACAAUACCAGAUAUGGUUCUGUAAAUGGUAAUUACUAAGAUUUGCUUUGUUUAACGCCUCAGCAUUUUUACACUGUACAAAAUUGAGAAAUUAGACACAUUUGUGCAUUUCGUGUUCAUUCAUAGAAAAGGAGAUUACUCAGCUGAGCUGAAAAUUGAUUGAAGAUUUAUUUUUCAUUUAGGAAAUGGUAGACGUCCUACUUCAAAAUAUACAAAGGUUGGCGAGCGUCUGCGCCAUGUCAUUCCCGGUCACAUGCAGUGUUCGAUGACUUGUGGAGGACGUGCCUGUAAAUAUGAAAACCCAAGCAGAUGGAGUGAUGAGGACCAGGCUAUAAAGGGUCUUUACUCUUCCUGGUAAAUGAAUUGGUUGUGGUAUGGAAUUGGGGAGCCCUUAUUCACAUUUAGGUGGAAUUCUCCCUACAUAGCGACAGCAAGGGAAGCAUUAUUGAAAAAUUAAUCUCACUUUCAUUUCAAGUCAUUGUUAAAAUUAGUAUUUAAUAUAAUUGAGUUCAUGUUUACUUUUCUUAUAAUAUCUGUUAGUGUUUUUUAUUUUUAAUAGCAAAUCACAUUUCUUUACAACAUCAGAAAGAAAUAGACAAUUGCUGUUUUAUGUACAAUCAUUAUUGAUGAUUCUUAAUUUUUUACAUACAUUGUUUAAAAAAAGCAUUAUAAAUAUAAUACAUUGUAUUUCAACAGCAUUUUAACAAUAGAGAAAUAUACAUUUUUAUUGUACAUAACAUCUUUUUUGAGGACAAUCUUUUAUUAAUAAUGUAGCAUCAGACCAAUGUUGUAACAAUGUGUCAUGGUUAUCUUGGAGGUACAAUAUGUACAUAUUCUUUGAUAAUUUCUCUUUUGAGUAAAGCACAUCAAGUGCUAACCGAGAGAUAGGAAAGCCGAAGAGAAAAGAAAAAAAAAUGAGAAAAGAAAGGGAGGUGUGUGGGUGGGGGUUGAAAGGGAGACAAUGGUUUUUGCAUUCUGGAAAAAAUGACUUUUUUUUAUCAUCAACAAUUAUUUUACUCUGAAAAUAUUUGUUUAGGAAGGGAAUACAGUUAUUAGCAGUUAGACUUAAUUAAAAAAAAUAUUUAUUCAUAUUUUGAUUUGAAGUUUGAGAAAUUUAUCUCUACAAGGCUAGGAAUAAACUAUAAAGAACAGAUUUCAACAAAACAAAUAUGAGUUCUACAUUUUUCUUUUCGCCUUAUAUUUUUCAGGAUUACCGACAACAUCCUGGCUAUGGCACGACCUUCAUCUGAAAUAAUUGAGAAGUUUAAUAUAAUUGAACAGUUCCAGAGGUAAUUAAAUGGGUAAACCAAAUAACAAUCCUGUAUUAACAUAUUCUGAAAUGUGUAAGAACGACUAGAUUCAGAUAGAUUUUAUUUUCUUGGGGCUAAGUACACCUUUAAUAGAUUAUAUAUUACAAGGAUCGCCAUUCAUUCACUGUUAGAUGCUGUAACAUGCUCACUUUGCAACGCUGUGAAUCGCACAUGCUGUACACAUUAUUUAAGAGCUACUGUAAUGUUCUAAAAGAACUGAUACAGCUGUGCUACAUAUACUGGGGGUGAGAAGCUUUGUACAUGAAUAAACAAGGAUAAAGCUAUUUGCAAAUCUAGAAGAAGUAGCAAUGAGUAGUUUUGUUAAAUAUUUUCAAUACUCCUUGUGGCUGCUGGAUUACACGAACACUAGAGUUAUGAAAUACAUCAAGCACUCUAAUUCAAAGCAAUGGUAGGUCCAGAAUUGGCUGAGAAAAUUAGCCAAUUUCUGUCCUCUCAAUAGGCUGCCAGUGCACAGAGGCACACACACCCAGGCUCAAAUAUGAUAUAAGCCAGAUAGGUACAAAGCGAGUCUAAGUAUUGUUAGAGCAAAUUAGCACUUUUUAUAGUGACCUUAAUUCUCUAGAGUAGGAGUUCCCAACCCAAGUACUCCCUACCAUUCCAGGAUUUAGGGAUUAUCCUGUUGUGUCUAAAGUUUUUUUGUUUCCUCCUAAAAAUAGCCUUAGACACAACUGGGUGAUCCCUAAAUCCAGGACUGUUAGGGAGUACUUGAGGACUGGGUUGGGAACCACUGCUCUAGAUAGCUGGCUAUCUAGACAGCUGGUUACAAGUUCCAUCCACACUAUUUUAAAGUGACAUGCUAAGCACAACUAAUAAAGCUUAUCUCACACCGUCAUUGGCAUCCAAACUUGAACAUUUAUAUAGAAGACUAUUUGCACCAUAACCACUACAAUAGACUCUUAUGCAACUUAUGUACUGUGUUUUGCGGAAGAAUGCAGUUUCACGUGUGCUCAUUGCAACCAGCAUUUCUUGUAUAUAGUUACAGGCCAACUGAUCAGAGGCACAAGCUAACCUUUUAAAGUUACGUUGCGUCUUAAUAUGUCAAAGUAUUUUGGAUGCAGUGCAAACCGACGGAAACUGCGUUCGGUAAUGUGCUACCAUAUUUGCCAGUGUUUUUCCAUUCAGUAGGAGAUUUAUAUUCACCGUUAGCUGUAGUCUGCAUUCACUUAAGUGUUUUUACUUGCUCAUUUUGUUUUGUUAACUAAUUAAAUUGUCAGUAAAUAAAAGAGGCUUUUUUUUCAACCUGAUCCUUUUUUUUCAAUUUUUUUCUGAAGCCAUGGUAUAAAAACAGUAAUUAAUCUGCAGCGCCCUGGGGAGCACGCCAGCUGUGGAAAUCCUUUGGAACAAGAAAGCGGUUUCACCUACCGUCCGGAGGCUUUCAUGGAAGCUGAAAGUGAGUCUUACCCUGCUGUUUGUUCUAAUUAAUUAUAAAACACCCCCAGUGGCUGGUGGAGACCUGUUGUGUUAGGCACUACACACUGGCUGGAAAGAUAGGGUCUUGUGUAAUAUAGCAAUCAGCAGGUUGGAGGAAUGACUACUGCAUUUUAAUAGUAAUUGGAAAUUGAACGUAGACCUCAUAUUGAGUGCAAUUGUUUCAUAACAUCCUUGAUUCCUAAACAAUACUGCAGUUACUGAUAUAUUAUUUCAGUUUAUUAACUUAUUACGAUUAAUUGGCUAUAUGAUAAAAUAUUUUUUAUUUAAGAUGAAUAAAAAUGUUUGUUUGCUAAAUGUUAUUUAGUAGAGCAAUUACUAAGAAGAAGGGAAUCACUUAUUUUAGAAGGAGGCAAGCACUCCAAGAAUAUGUUAAUUGACACAGAGGAAUUGUCAUAAUUGUUUAAAGAGGAAUGCAUGUGUAAAAUAUGUUCCAAGCAUUAAACAAAGUUAUUUGCAAAUUAAAUGGAAAAUCUGAGGCAAAAAUUGUUGAUCUGGAAAAAUUCUCCAUCCCAGCGGAAGUCACAAAUGAUCUAUUUUAGCAUCAGUUUUCCUAUUCUAAUUUAAAGGGACACUCCAGUCACCCAGAUCACUUCUGCCCAUUGGAGUGGUCUGGGUGCCCACUCCCACUACUCUUAACCCUGCAAGUGUAAUUAUUGCAGUUUUUUAUAAACUGCAAUAAUUACCUUGCAGGGUUAACUCCACCUCUAGUGGCUGUCUACUAGACAGCCACUAGAGUGCACUUCCGUGUCCCUAGCACAGGAAACCUGUGCUGGAGUGUCACUGGACGUCCUCACGCUGUGUGAGGACCUUCGGGGUCGCUCAAUUCCCCAUAGGAAAGCAUUGAAAAGCAUUUUCAAUGCUUUCCUAUGGGGAGCUCGAAUGCGCAUGCGCAUUAGGUCUCCCCGGCCGGCGGGCGGGAUCAGUCUCGCCCACUGGCCAACGUAAUACAGAGGAGGAGCAGCGGCGAAGGAAGAAGCAGCGACGUGGGACAUCGUCGCUCCCUCUGGUAAGUUACUGAAGGGGUUUUCACCCCUUCAGCAACCGGGGAUUGGGAGGUGGGAAGGAGAGGGGACCUGCAGUGCCAGAAAAACGGAUUGUUUUCCUGGCACUGGAGUUUCCCUUUAAUUUGUAACAUAACUCUGUAUAUGUAUAGCCUUUCAAUACAGCCUCUGCAGCUAGAUGUGAAUCAGCUAACUUUCUUUUGAGUAACACCAGUCUAUGAUGUAAGAUUUUAAGUCACCAUCAUCAGAAAUUGCUUAUGCACCAUAAUAUUUUGUUAAAAUUUGUCUAUGCCGUGUCCUGGUCAUUUGAAAUCUGUUCUGCAUUGUUGGGGUUUCUUCCUUUUUUUUAAAUAAAAAUAAAAGAAUACAAAAGAUUCCAGCUAAUUUUGUGCAUUUUUGCCCCAAACAUCAAGCAGUGAGUUUGAAGAACCAUUUCUUGUUCCUUGUACAUUAGAAAGUUCUGAGCAUCUUUAUAAAUCACACGAUUUGAUUGUUUGUUGAGAUCGCAUGCUCUCUCUUCGUUUUCAUCAGUAGCUGUUUCUAAGGAUUUUUAAAAACGUUGAUGCAACUACAAAAUGGAGCGUUCGCACUGAUAGGUCUUUAAGUGGCAAUUCCAAUUAUACUUACUGUAACCUGCUUAGAUUGAAUUGUUAUUCCAAGCACCAUCAUCACUUCAGUGAUUUGAAGUGGUGAUGGUGCCUUGGGCCUGCAUGUGCAGUACUUCGCUAUAAAAAAUUUGGGUGUAAUCAGCCAACCCGGAACUAGAGUUCCUCCCUGGCUAAUGUCACAUCUAUGCAGUUUUGUAAUAAAAAUGUUUUGCAGCAGAAGUAAAGCAAUGAGUAAAUGUGCCCCGUGCCAUGCAUAGACCAACAAAUCGAUAAUGAGAUUCAUUGACCAUUCAUUUCAUAAUUGAUUAUUAUAUAUUUUAUCAAAUAGUUGUUGCAGCUGUAAUCCAGUGUAAUAUUGUCAUGAAGAAAAUAAAAAACAUUUACUGCAAACAUGAAUGAUUACCAGCUAAAAGUAAUAAUUUAUAAAUUUACAUAAUAUGUACCCAAUAUAAAUGGAAUAUUUUCUUUAUUUCAGUUUACUUCUAUAAUUUUGGAUGGAAAGAUUAUGGAGUUGCGUCACUUACAACAAUUCUUGACAUGGUUAAAGUGAUGACGUUUGCGUUACAAGAAGGCAAAGUAGCUAUUCACUGCCAUGCAGGGCUUGGACGCACAGGUAAAGGGUUGUCGUUUGUCAUUUUUGUUAUCCUCUGUAAAAUGAUUGAGGGGUGCAUUCUGCUAUCCAGCUGGUACAUGAUUGGUUUUCUUUCUAACAAAGUAUCUUAAUAACAGAGGUGAAAAACACAAGCCAUAUUCUAUUUUAAUGAAUAAAAAGGUAUUUUUAUUUGAAUUUUUAAUACAAAUAGAUGUUUUUUGCAGUACAUUUUACUAAUCAUUUAUUUCUGAUCUCCGUAAAGCAUGAGAAAAUAUGCAAAUCUCCUUUAGGAACUUCUGGAGUGCAAGAAUAUAAACAUAAUUUUGUCCUGAAACUUUUAAUUAUUAUUAUUAUUAUUAUUUUUUACUGGAGGCAAACUGACAUGGAUGCAUUAGUCCAUUCAGGCUGCCUCUCCUGUUUCCCACUGAAGAAAAUAUAUAUAUAACUGUAAAAUUAAUCUUUCAGUAAAUUAACCUUAUCUUAAAUGGAUGAUCCAUGCACCAUAACCACUCCAGUUUAUUGUAUUAGAUAUGAGGCUAAGGGAUGCAGUCUCUCCUGUCAAAUCAUUUUCAAACAGUUUGACAAAACUGUAAAGAAUUUUUCAGCUUCUAAAGCCCACCUCUGUGUUUGGGAUGUCGUAGUCAUUGUGUGACCAAAAUAUUUGUGUGGAUUGAGCUGACACUGCAAUGACAAUCUCUCAAAGACACACUGAAAGAGUUAACACCAAUGUAAGAGCACUGGAAGGUGUUAUAUACCACAGCCAAAUCUUUCUAUAAUCCAAUGUUCUGAGCCUAUUAUGGCAAAGCAUGUUCACAGAGGUGGCUCUCCAAUUAGGCGGUUUAGGCGGACGUCUAAGGCCUCGUGGCCGCCUAAACCGCCUUAGGGCAGACUGUGUCGGUCCUCGGUCAGUGACCUAGGACCCGACACCAGGAGGGGGCCUGGCGGCUUCUUCAGUAUGCCGCCGGCUGCGAGGCCCCUCCAUGCUGUCUGCCUGGGAGGAGAGCGCCCGUGGCCGCUGGUCCGCAAUGUGCAAAGCUGCAGACCAUGUGCCUCGCGAGAUCUGGACAAUCAGAGUGUUGCCGUGGGUUACCACAGCAACGCUCUGACCGGGUCUCGUGAGACACAUGGUCUGCAGCUCUGCACAUUGCGGAGCUGCAGACCGGACAUCACCACCGGACCACCAGGGAGCCCACCAGACCACCAGGGAAUGAAGGACACUGGACCACCAGGGAAUUAAAUAAGGUAUUUAAUCUCACGCCCUCUCAGACCUCCCAGUAUAACCUGUCCCUCACACCAUUACCCCUUCCCUCCCAGUAACCACAUCACUAUCACCCCCCUCCCAGUAUACCGCCUCCCUCACACCAUCACCUCCUCCCUCCCAGUAACCCCUUCACUAUCACCCCCUCCCAGUAUACCGCCUCCCUCACCCCCUCCCUCCCAGUAUCCCCCCCUCACUAUCACCUCCUCCCAAUAAUCCCCCUCCCUCACACCAUUACCCCCUUCCUCCCAGUAACCUCAACCCUCACACCAUCACCCUCUCCCUCCCAGUAUCCCCCUCACCAUCACCCUCUCCCAGUAUACCCCCUCCCUCACACUAUAACUCCACUCCCUCCCCGUAUACCCCCUCCUUCACAUUAUCACCCCUCUCCCUACCAGUAUUCCCCCUCCCUCCCAGUAUCCCUCCUGCCUCACACUAUCACCCACUCCCUCACAGUAUUUUCCCACUUACAGUGAUACCCCCUCCCACACACACCAUCAUCCCCUCCCUAACAAUAUCACCCCUCUCCCACACACAAUCACCCAUCUGUCCCUCACCCCUCCACACAGGACCAACCCGCAACACACACACAGGAUCAACCCCCCACACACACACAAACUGUCAACCCCUCACACACACGGUCACACUCUCUUAUACACACUGUCACCCCCUCACACACACACUAUGAUGCCCCCCACACACUGUCACCCCGCACAAUGUAGUGUCACCAUACUCUCACACUAUCACAUCCCCACACAUUGUCACCUGUCACCACACUGUCAUCCCCUCUCCACACUUUCAGCCCCUUCAUCCACACUCACAUUAACCACUCCUAAUCAUGUUAAUCUCACCCCCUCCAAACUCACCUGCCCUCGCUCUGCCACACUCACCCUGUCAAAUUAACUCCCCUAAUUCUGUCACACUCCCUCCUCCAACCUUGCCACAUUCACACUUCACCCCAAAACUGUGAUACUCCACCCCUACUAUGCCACAAUUACCUUGUCACAUUAACCCCUCCAAUCCUGUCACACUCGUCCCUCCUACCAUGCCACUAUUGCCCUGACACACUUACCUCCACUCAUCCUGUCACACUACCUCAUCAAACCAUGUCAUACUCGCACUCCCUCUUUCUCUCUCACAACCCCCCCACCCUGUCCCAUUUGCCCCCUUCGUCCUGUCACACUCUCCCUGCCACUGGUACCCUUUACUCACUCUGUCACAGUCACCAGCUGAAGACAUACAUCAUAGACACUGUAUCAUUUGGUAAAGGAUUUUUUACAAGCAAAUUUUCAUUUUUGUUUUCGAUAACCCCUUUACACCAGUACUUAUGUAUAAGCAACUGCCAGGCUAUGCAACCAUACCCCACAAUUGUGAAAAAACAAUAGGCAUAAUUGCAAAUUAAAUUUAUUUAUUGCAAAUGAAUUUUGUUUGCAAAUUAUGCUACAACUACAGCCAGAGAGCUCACAAUACAGGUGCACAGGAAGCCGUGACACUGCAAGCGUCUGAACAAUAUGGCCUCCUAAAGUCAAGAGCAGCCUCUGCAUGUUCAUACCAUAUUCAUUGUGACUGUGUGCAGAAGGUAUGUGUAUGGUGGAGUAGAGGUGUCUAUGAGUGGAUGAGAUGAAGGUGGUUGGUAUCUACAUAUACAUGAUAGAUAUGUGGCCCACAGCAGGAGGUUAGAUCAGCGCUGCCCUGCCUGUCUGUGCAAUGGGCCGGUGAGAGAGAACCCCAAUCUUCUCACCAGCCCAUCAAGGGACUUUGUUGCAUGUUUGGGCUGUGCUCAGUGAGCCUCAGCCCUGCAUGGGCCGGCUGGGAAGAUCCUUUGAUCUCCCUGGUCGGCCUCAGCCCUUGGCCAUCGCGGCCCACCAGGCAUUUGCCCAGUUUGCCCGAUGGCCAGUUCGGGCCUGGGUGUGUGUGUGUGAAUGCAUGAUAGAGGGAAGAUAUGUUUGUGUAAUGGAGUUGGGAUGUACAUAUUAUGCAGAAGGUACACAUGUGUGUAAAUGUGUAUUGCCUCAGUCGUCUGCGACUUAGACAGGCUGGAAAUAAAAAUGUUAAGGCUAUUUUCAGGUUUAUAUUUCCUAUUUUUUUUUUUUGUAACAUGCUCUUUGUAAGUUAACAUAAAUAUCUUUUCCCAACAGGUGUUUUAAUUGCAUGUUAUUUAAUAUUUGCAACGCGAAUGACUGCAGACCAAGCUAUUCUUUUUGUACGGGCAAAACGUCACAAUGCUAUUCAGACGCGGGUGCAGUUGCUCUGUAUUCGAGAGUUCACUCAGUUCCUGACCCCACUCCACAAUGUGUUUGCCUGCUGUGAUCCUAAGGCUCAUUCCGUGACUUUAUCUCAGUACUUGAUCCGUCAGCAGCAUCUUCUUCAUGGUUAUGAAGCCCGCCAUCUCAAAUAUGUGCCAAAAAUUGUUCAUUUAGUCUGUAAGUUACUUUUGGACUUUAUCGAAAAUAAGCAAGUGAUUGGAGAGGAAAUUAUGGACAUGCCAGAUCUCUCUGCUGAAAUUGAGAAGACUGUUUCUUUGUUACCCACUGUACUGUUGGAUAAAGUGUUAGGAAGAGAUAUUGAAGUUUCUGAUCCGUUAUGCCCUCCAAUGACCUCUGCAGCUUGCUGUUUUACCCAGGACUCUGCAUUAUCGAGCGAACAGGAAUUUGAUCCUUUAUGGAAAAGGAGGAACGUUGAGCGUCUCCAGCCUUUGUCCCAUCUGAAAAAGCGUUUGAGCUACAGUGACUCUGAUCUAAAAAAGGCAGAAUUACUCCUUGAACAGGGUGAAACACCAUGGACUGAACCAGCUCAAAUGUCAUUCAUAAAUAACCUAAACCAUCAGAUGAAGGUGAAACAAUGUUGCGUCUCAGGAAAUGAUGGCCUAACUCAGCAAACACCCAAGCCAAAUUUUAAAAAACAGCCCUCUGUGCAGCACGCUUUUUCUUUUUGGACCCAAAACAAGCUUGGUAGCAUCGAGACCCAGAGGGAUGGGUCUCCACUUUUCCACAGGAGGAAGGUCCCAAAGGAAAUCCAGCGAAGCCAUACUUUUUCCUUAGGAUAUUCCUCAUUUCCAGACAGUGGCCAAACACCGUUAACAGAUUCUAAUUUAUUAACCAAUAUUAUGCCAAACCGGUGUACCCAAGAAUCCAGUGACUCUAAAACUCUUGAUAUCUCAGAGCCAGAAAGGGCAAAUGGCUGCUCUCCAGAAGAGCAUUCUCUAUCUAAAGCCACGUUUUACCUAGAAGGUGAAAGCCAUGGACAAGCAGAGGUGUCAGAGUUCAUCCCACACAUAGUUUUACAAUGUGAGCUCAGUCUUGAGGGCCGGAGAUUGCUUGUAGCUAGAGCUCUUGCAGAGCUAAAUGUGGACUGUUUAACAGACGUGGCAGAGAAGGUGAAGGGUUGGCAGGUAUGUGUAACGUAACUUGUGGUGUAACAAUAGUAGUUGUUGGGGGAGUGAAGAUGCAGCUAGUCUUCAAAGACACAGUUUACCUUGAAAUCUUGCAACUUCUAUAACCUCUGUUUGCCAUAGGGGUUGGGGUGUGUGUGUGUGUGUGUGGGGGGGGUGUAAUAGGGUUUACUUAGGAAGCAAUUAAAGUGGCACUUCAGACCAAUAAAGUAUUUCAGAUAUUGGCACUUUUCUAAAUAACACUGCACUCCCCCUCCUUCUCCCCCUCCUUAAUAUCUGAUUGUCCCCCCUAAUGCUGUGUGUUGCAGUUUCAUCUCACAGCUAUUGCACAUUAUUCACUCAUAUGCCACAGAUGGUAGAAUGGAGGCACUAUAUUGGGUAAGCAGGAAUUGAUCUUCGGGUAACUAUAAAUUUUAAUCUUUACAUAUGCUGACAUUUGUGCUGGCAAAAUGUAUAGAUUUAAUCUAUAACUACCUGAAGGUCUUCUUUAACUGUGAGAACUAAACACUAAGUAGGUGUAGAGAGAGAAUUGUGUACUAUUGAGGUGUGGCAUCCAUAAAAUCUGUGUUUGAUUUUAUUAGAAAGAGCUGAAUUCUCGAGAAGCUGCCUGGGAUAGAAUCUGCUCGGAAACAAACCUUUUCGUUCUGUGCAGUCUCAUGUGGUCUUGGAUGGAGCAGUUAAAAGAACCAGCUAUUACUAGGGAGGAUAUCGAUUUGCUGACUGGAAGUGAUCUGAACAGCGCCCUUUACCUGCUGGACAAAGUAAUUUCUUUCUUUGCAAAACAUGUUUAUAAACCUUAUAAAAGUUAAUUUAAUACAUUAAAAACAACGAAAGUAAUGGAGUCUACAAUGUACACUAGCACGUGCACAUGGUCAUGGUCAUUAGUACUCCUGAUCUAUUUAAAAUUGUCCUACUACUUUUCUGAUGCUGCCAAGGUAGAGAUUUUGCAGGCAUUUUAUUUGGAGGGGCAGUCAGUCGGGGUGUAUAAAAAAACAAAUCAAGUUUGAUCAUUAUACAUUAAUAAUCUAUACAUAGAAAUUAGUUUUGCUUUAGAAAUCAUUGAUUUCAGCAAAUAGUUUUCUUGUAUUUGGGGAAUAACUGAAACCAUGAAAUUCACCACUAAACAGUAGUACUGGCAAAUGAAUAAGCAUUUAAAUAUGAAAUAAUAGUGUACAGUAACCCUAAUAUGUUAAAACAAAAGGAGAAACAUAGAAAAGAGAAUUUUUGUAGGAACCUAUAUGGUACAAAGUCAAGAUGUGAUUUGACUUGCACAUUUAUUUAUUUUUGCUUUUAGAGUCGAUAUCCAACCAUCCUUUGUGUUUUACAAUGUGUGAGUAUACUACAGCCAAUAGCGCCUGAUAUAGAGGACGCUUUGCUCACACGGAUCAUCAAAGCUUUUACGAAGGUAGGUGCAAUUAUUUGUUCAUUCAAAGUUAUUAUUUACACACACACCUACAAUAUAUGUUGCUGGAUUCAUGAAAAGUGCUACCAGCAGUUCGUAGAAUGAAUGCUUUUUUUUUUUUUUUUUAAAUCAAUGAAUUAAUUUAUAGGCUGCUAUACCCUGUAUCCUGAUGCCCUUUUAUAAAGAAUAGAUUUUCCUCCUGGAUCUUACAAAAUUGCACAUUACUAUGUUACUAAGCAGCUCUUUUCAUUCAAUUUUAGCAGUAUGUUGAAGUACUAUAUGUGCAUUUAAAAAAGAUUAAAAUUCAACUUUGUUAUCACUGUACAAUGUGCAUACAAGAACAAUGAAACACAGUUGGCUUCUGAACAGAAAUGCAGCACAAUUAACAAAAACAUAUUAUAUAACAUGUACUCUCAGCUUUUGCUUUCUUUUAAUCCUUAACUACUAUCAUAAUCCCCUAGUACCAUAUCUCAUAAGCAUUAUAAUACAAGUGGUAAAUAUGGACAGAGCUCACUGCAUGCAGGCGCUGAACUUUCCCCAUAGAGAUGCAUUGAGUCAAUGCACCUCUAUGAGGAGAUGCUGAUUGGCGCUGCGCAUGUGCAAUUGCCUCCCAAUGCUUUUCUAUAGGAAAGCAAUAAAUUGGCUGAGAUCAUCAAGUUUAAUGAUCUUGGCCAAGGGGGUAGAGCCAGCUGCAACCGGACCCGGGCGGCGCUGCAAAAAGGUGAGCAAGUCAUCUUUUUAACCAGAGGUGACACUGGGGGAACUAAACUGUUAUUUAGACCUAUAUGGCACUAUAGUGUUCAUUGAAGCCUGAAGAUUUGCAAUAAAUGUAAGAAUAUGAAAUGUGUUUCUUAUUUUUUGUUGUUGUUUGUGACUGGAGAGACUGAAGUGUACCUUUGGUAGUUUGCAUCAAAAUAGUUAAUCUUUUAGAUGGACCCCUUUCUUUAUUGGUGUUUGCUUGAAAUCAGGAUUUAUACAUCUGCAAGCGUCAUGGCUCUUAGUGUAUACUGUAUAUAUGUGUUUGCAAAUGAAUGUGUCCAUCAUUACGAGUUAGAAAUGCUGAUUUCAGUAGCUUUUGAAUAAGAGCAGAAAUUAAUUUCCAUUAUGAUUUUCCUUUCAAUACCCACAGCGGUAUUAAAGAAAGUAGGCCACUCAGCUAUUCAGUUAGCCCUUUAUACACUGAAGUCGUCUCUACGUGCUACCCUAUUCCAUUCAUACCUGCUCACUUACUGAGCAAAGAGAGCUCAUUAAAUCUCCUGCACAGGGUCAGGCUAAUUUCUUCAUGUUGUAUCGAUAAAACAUUGUUUAGGGACAGAACAAAUGAUGCCAAGCAAAGCAACAAAUGCAGUUACAGAUAUUUUUUCCCUGUUUUAUACAUACUCCUGUUGAUCUCAUGCUGUUUUGACCCAGUUUUGUUAGAUGGAUAAUUUUAAUGCUGUGCUUGGUAAGAUCAAUUUAAAGGGCCAUGCCUGGCUGGACUUGACCCCCCUUUGUUAAUGCAUUGAAAAUGUUCCUGCAGAAGCUGACAAUCCCCAGGAUUUGCUGUUUUCUGCAGCAGAAGUAUAUAUGGAAUAUUUAGUUUAGCACUCUGCAACUGAUACGAUUAGUAAACUGCUGCCUAAGCUGAUGGUAGCUGCAUGGUGAUUGCAAUCAGAUUACUGACCGCUCCGUAUGCUGUUUGUGCAGAGAAUUUUGGGUACAUAGGCACACAUCUUCACCUGUGUGCUUCUUAACCUCCCUUUUGUGUUUCUUAUCCCGUCUUUUAAAUAUUUUACUCCCUUUAGUGUAUUUUAUCUCCCAUUUUUCCCCUGAGCCAAAAUGGGUUGCAUGCUAAGGGAAGAAUGUAAGCUAUAACAUUGAUCUAACACUUAUCUUAAUUUUGAGAGAUUGAAAUAAUAGUUGAUUAUACCUGUUUUUACUCCGUUAAGGUUUCAGAAGAUUCUGAGAAUGGUCCUUCGGUUUACGGUACUCUCAAAACUAUCCUUAAACACACACUGGCGGAUAUCCAAAAGUAGACAGAAAAGGAAUGAGGAUCUUCAUGAGCUAGGCAUUGUAUGUUUAGUAAACACUAGGAAUUGGAAACCGCAGGGACGCUAGCUACUUUCAUAGUUAUCAUUACCUCCAUGUAUUGCUUGUUAAAGGCAUUAUGGGAGGAAACGUGAAGUAGCAUGUGCCAUUAUGGUGACCCUAGAAAAUAGAACUUUAGGCAGAAAUAUUUUUGAAGAGCAAUUAUGACACCCCAGUUUUUGUUGCAAAUUAUAUAUAUAUAUAUAUAUAUAUAUCUCCAAUAAGUUGAAGGUGCAUGCAAAAGGUCUUAAUCCAAGUGAUUUUUUAUUAUUUGUAAAUUAUUUCAUCAAAAAUAUUUUUUCCUGAUCGACGUUUCAUCUCCUCAGGGUCUUUUUCAAGAUCAAAAUCUUGAAAAAGACCCUGAGGGGUCGAAACAUCGAUUGGAUUAAGACCUUUGAGUGCACCUUCAUCUUAUUGGAUAUAAUACAGUACGCUGGUUGCACCAAGGCAGAAAGAUUGAAAAGAUUUAAAGGGGUGAGUGCCAAGGACAUUUGGAAUAUAUAUAUAAAAUGUAUUGCCAUUGUAAGGACUACUGACAAGUGUGUGCUAAAAAAAAUAACAUAUGUCUGACAUGAUUAUAUCUGCAAUUUCCCGUCUCCCGUUCAUUGAUGACUGCAGAUGCAGCUGGUUCUAAACAGAAAAUGGCAUCUCAUGGUGUUAACUGGGUAAAGCCUAACAAGUCGAGGGAGGCAGGAGUGCAGCCCCACAAAUUGUAACCCAUAUAGCUCUCCCUUCCUGCUGUGAUGAACAACUCCCAUGAUGUUUAGCGCUCCUGCGGUUCCCUAUUCUCACUUACAGGGUUCACAUUGAUAUGUUGGCUGUACAAAGGGCUAACACCACCAUGAAUGUAUCAUAUUUCUUUGUAAUGUAAUGUGCAUUUAAUAGGUUAGUUUAAGAGCCUUUGUAAUCUUAAUUACUGUAAAUGUUUGGUGUAUUUUUGUGUUACUUUCUUAAUAUGGCCUGGUUUAUUCUUUGUAAUUAAUAAUAUUAAACUUAUGGUUUUGUAUUACAAUACCAUGAUGCUACCUUAGCAAAAAUGUCCUGAUAUUGCACUGUGAAAGAUUUAGAAUUUAGAAUUCAGACACUACGGUAAUAGUGUAGCGAUCACCUUGUAAAAAUGUAUGCGCUAUAAUGUAUUUAUUGCCAUAAUUUUAGGGCUUUCUUAAACACUCCAAUUAAAGGACAAUAUCGGGGGUAAAUCGCUGAAAGAAAUCUGAGCUUACAGUGGUUGUUUUAAAACAUUUUUCCUGGCAUUGUUACUGGAUCUAAAUCAAAAAGGGCAUUAAAGACUUAUACAUGCUAACUAUUUCCACCCAGGUUUUCUACCAACAUGCAUAUGGGAAUGAAAGACAUUUUGCCAUCCAAAUAUUUGCAAUACUCAUUUGUGUUUUGAACACAUGAGAUUUAAAACACUUAUGUAUAAAUACAGUACAAUUAAGUCUGUUACAGGGCAGUGAGGCCUACAAUACAAAGUUAUUAGGCCAGUCUGUUUGAAGAUGUUAUUUUUGAUAGUUUGAUAAAUACAUUUGUAUCUUUGAAUUUUUAAAGUGACACUCCAAGCACCAUAUCUACUACAACCUUCCUAGGAUAAGUAGUCAAACCUUUUGUUAUGGUUUCACAACUUACCUGUUGUCUGCCAGGUUAUGGUUGUAGCAGUCUGUGGAGUCUGAAGGUCCUGCUAAGCCCUGUACUCCCAACCAAUGAGCUAAAGACUCUAAGUAAGUUUUCUUACCACUAUCACACAGUUUCACAACUUACCAUGGGAGGGUGUCUGGGCAGUCCAGGUACCAUAACCACUACCGCGGGCUUUAUAAAAUAAUAAUACAUUAUAUAUAUAUAUAUAUAUAUAUAUAUAUAUAUAUAAUUUUUAUUAGACUUGUGCUGCACUAUAUAUAAAAUAACAGGGCUUUAAGAGCUUUUGCUUGGCAUAUUCCAACAGAUUUCAGUCAAGACAGCAAGCAGAUGGGAGCAGCCAUCUUCCCAUGAUGUGUUAUAGAUGUCAGCGGCAAUGUUGCACAAGACUAUCUGUGAGUUUUCCACCAUCUUUCUCCCAUGGUGAGGUGUCUCUCUGUAGAGAGAGAGAGAGAUAACUUGCUAACGGACAUGUCACCUUGGGGGUGUCUUAGCAAAAGAAAUAUCAUAAUUUCUCUUCAAGGGACUCUCCAAGCUGGAACUGACACUUUUAAAGUAUUAUAUAGAUCAUGUAUUAAAAAUAUGCAAAAACAAUAAAUGUAAAGUAAUAAAAAGGAUACUCACAACUGAUGUCCCUGCAUUUACUGCAACACCCGUCCCACAUUGCAGCCUUCUUCUCACCAAACCAGGAAGUAGCUAGUCAUGAUUCCUGCUUUGCUAAGUUGUUAUAUAAGCAGUGCUAUAUAUACACAGCACAUGUUUCUUUAAAUUGUAGUCAUUGUUGGCUCUCUACCGUAGAAGGCCAAAAGCAGAAGUCAUGGAAUCGUACAUAGCAGUAUUUCUGAAGUGAAGUGAAGAGGAAAAGAAUAAAAAGUAGAUUUAUGGGACAAAACAAAUUAUUUUUAAAAAAGAAACACCAAGCAUAAUUACACAUUGCUCUUUACAUGUGUUGAUACAUAGAGUGCCUCUUUAAAAGACCACUAUACAGGGAGUGCAGAAUUAUUAGGCAAGUUGUAUUUUUGAGGAUUAAUUUUAUUAUUGAACAACAACCAUGUUCUCAAUGAACCCAAAAAACUCAUUAAUAUCAAAGCUGAAUAUUUUUGGAAGUAGUUUUUAGUUUGUUUUUAGUUAUAGCUAUGUUAGGGGGAUAUCUGUGUGUGCAGGUGACUAUUACUGUGCAUAAUUAUUAGGCAACUUAACAAAAAACAAAUAUAUACCCAUUUCAAUUAUUUAUUAUUACCAGUGAAACCAAUAUAACAUCUCAACAUUCACAAAUAUACAUUUCUGACAUUCAAAAACAAAACAAAAACAAAUCAGUGACCAAUAUAGCCACCUUUCUUUGCAAGGACACUCAAAAGCCUGCCAUCCAUGGAUUCUGUCAGUGUUUUGAUCUGUUCACCAUCAACAUUGCGUGCAGCAGCAACCACAGCCUCCCAGACACUGUUCAGAGAGGUGUACUGUUUUCCCUCCUUGUAAAUCUCACAUUUGAUGAUGGACCACAGGUUCUCAAUGGGGUUCAGAUCAGGUGAACAAGGAGGCCAUGUCAUUAGAUUUUCUUCUUUUAUACCCUUUCUUGCCAGCCACGCUGUGGAGUACUUGGACGCGUGUGAUGGAGCAUUGUCCUGCAUGAAAAUCAUGUUUUUCUUGAAGGAUGCAGACUUCUUCCUGUACCACUGCUUGAAGAAGGUGUCUUCCAGGAACUGGCAGUAGGACUGGGAGUUGAGCUUGACUCCAUCCUCAACCCGAAAAGGCCCCACAAGCUCAUCUUUGAUGAUACCAGCCCAAACCAGUACUCCACCUCCACCUUGCUGGCGUCUGAGUCGGACUGGAGCUCUCUGCCCUUUACCAAUCCAGCCACGGGCCCAUCCAUCUGGCCCAUCAAGACUCACUCUCAUUUCAUCAGUCCAUAAAACCUUAGAAAAAUCAGUCUUGAGAUAUUUCUUGGCCCAGUCUUGAUGUUUCAGCUUGUGUGUCUUGUUCAGUGGUGGUCGUCUUUCAGCCUUUCUUACCUUGGCCAUGUCUCUGAGUAUUGCACACCUUGUGCUUUUGGGCACUCCAGUGAUGUUGCAGCUCUGAAAUAUGGCCAAACUGGUGGCAAGUGGCAUCGUGGCAGCUGCACGCUUGACUUUUCUCAGUUCAUGGGCAGUUAUUUUGCGCCUUGGUUUUUCCACACGCUUCUUGCGACCCUGUUGACUAUUUUGAAUGAAACGCUUGAUUGUUCGAUGAUCACGCUUCAGAAGCUUUGCAAUUUUAAGAGUGCUGCAUCCCUCUGCAAGAUAUCUCACUAUUUUUGACUUUUCUGAGCCUGUCAAGUCCUUCUUUUGACCCAUUUUGCCAAAGGAAAGGAAGUUGCCUAAUAAUUAUGCACACCUGAUAUAGGGUGUUGAUGUCAUUAGACCACACCCCUUCUCAUUACAGAGAUGCACAUCACCUAAUAUGCUUAAUUGGUAGUAGGCUUUCGAGCCUAUACAGCUUGGAGUAAGACAACAUGCAUAAAGAGGAUGAUGUGGUCAAAAUACUCAUUUGCCUAAUAAUUCUGCACUCCCUGUAGGCACCCAGACCACUUCAGCUUAAUGAGGUGGUCUGGGUGCCUGGUCCAGCUAGGUUUAACCCUUUUUUCUAUAAACAUAGAGAAACUGCUAUGUUUAUAAUAGUGUUAAUCCAGCCUCUAGUGGCUGUCUCAUUGACAGCCGCUAGAGGGCUUCCUGUGCUUCUCACUGUGAUUUUCACAGUGAGAAGACGCCAGCGUAUGCACAUUCAGCCGAGGAGGAGGAGAGCUCCCCGCCCGGCGCUGGAGAAAGAGGUAAGUUUAACCCCUUCCUCCCCCCAGAGCCUGGCGGGAGGGGGACCCUGAGGGCACUAUAGUGCCAGGAAAACGAGUGUGUUUUCCUGGCACUAUAGUGGUCCUUUAAGCAUUACUUUUGUAAACAAAAUCAUUCUUUUUUAUAGCCAACAGAUUGUUUAUCAAAAUCUGUAUGUGACAGGUCUGGUUUCAAGUUAUUUCUAAUUCCAGCUAAUAACCCAUUCGUUCACCAUAACUAAAAUAGUCAAAAUAGUUUACAGACGAACUCUAGCUGCAAUAAAGAUUAAAUAUUAAUGUUAUUAAAAAACAUAUUUUUAAAUUCAAUCUAUUUUAGCAACUGAAUAAGGUUCUAGGACUUUCUAGAAUGACAAAUACAGUACAAAUAAUUAAAAAAAAAGUCUUAUGGUACUUAACUGUUGACUUUAAAGGGACACUAUAGUCAACAGAACAGCUACAGCUUAUUGUAUUUGUUCUGGUGAGUAGAAUCAUUUCAGUCAGGCUUUUUGCAGAGAAAAUACAGUGUUUACAUUACAGCCGAGGGAUACCUCCACUGGCCACUGCUCAAAUGGCGACUAGAGGUGCUUCCUGGGGCAGUGCUGCCAUUCAGUGUCUCCACCCUCUGCAUUGAGACACUGAACUUUCCUCAUAGAGAUGCAUUGAUUCAAUUCAUCUCUAUGAGGAGAUGCUGAUUGGCCAGGGCUGUGUUUGUCUUGUGCUGGCUCUGCCCCUGAUCUGCCUCCUUGAUAGUCUCAGCCAAUCCUAUGGGGAAGCAUUGUGAUUGGCUCAGGCUACCACUUCUGAUGAUGACAGCAGGCAGGUCCAGGUUAGCAGUUGCAAAUUUGAAUACAAGUAGGAUUUUUCUACAUUUAGGGAAGCAGGGAGGGCUGGAGGGGGCUAGAUUGUUGUUUUAACACUACAGGGUCAGGAAUACAUGUUUGUGUUCCUGGACCUAUAGUGUUGCUUUAAUUGAUUUCUGUAACUUUGUCUGAGAAAGGAAUAGGUAUUAAUUUAUUAAAAUAGGACAUUUACAAUUAAAUAGCAAUACUAUCUGGAUGUAUUAUGUAUCCAGCUGCUUUCCUGUCCAAAUGUCAUAACAGAAACUAUUCUUGUUCUGAUGAAUUUGCACUAAUCUCUGAAAAAACACUUAAAGUGUAUCUGUGCUUUGUAAAUGUUUGUGAGACAAGAUCCACUCAGGUAAAUUACAAAAUAUAAUCUAUAUAUUGCACUACGUAAAUCACCUGUAAAUAUAUAGAUUUUUAUUAAAUAUUUUACAUGCCAUGUUUUGAUAAGGAUCUCUCAUCUAGGCUGUGCUCCACAAUUACUUAUCAGGCUUACAGUCUCAAGUGCUGGACUUUAUAAAAUAAUAUUGUAUAUUCAAUCAAAUUGGGCCCUUUCAAAUCCCAUAUAAUUACUGUUAAUUAACUGAAUAGAUUUUUUGUGUUAAUAAUAGAAUUACAAAAAGCAUAUUUUAAAAUGCACUUGGCAACUCACCGUUAGUGUUCAGCCAUCUUAUUUUGCUUGAACGUAAUAAAGUUUUAACAACUGAGAUUGGCCAAUUCUACUUUAGAUUAUCCUUGUUUAUUUCCACAGCACAGACUUUCUUUUCUUUGGGCAGUUAACUAUAUUAUAUGUUUGUUUACAAGAUUUACACUCCUAUCAGAGGGGAUAUGAUAACAUUAUACAAAUAUAUUGUGGGCCAGUACAAACCAUUAUCUGGAAAUCUAUUCAUAAACAGGGCUAUACAUAGGACAAAGAAAAGGUGUUUUUUUUACAGUAAGAACUAUAAGGAUAUGGAAUUCUCUGCCUGAAGAGGUGGUUUUAUCAGAGUCCGUACAUAUGUUUAAACUGCAAUUGGAUAAAUACUUCCAAAAACACAACAUACAGGGAUAUCAUUUCUAUUUAGUGGUGUAAUAGCUGCUUGAUCCAAGGAGAUAUCGGACUGCCAUUUUGGGGUCAAAAGGGAUUUUUUCCCCCUAGUUUGUUGCAAAAUUAGAAGUGCUUCAGACUGGAUUUUUUCCCCUUCUUUUGGAUCAACAGCAAAAACAUAUGUGAGGAAGGCUGAACUUGAUGGACACAAGUCUCUUUUCAGCUAUUAACUAUGUAACAUUUAAUUUAAUGUUUGCACUCUCCUUUUAAAGGAAAACUGUCACUUCACGUGAUUUUUAUUAUUAUUGUUUACUUAUUUCCCCUCUUUAUAUUUAAAGGAUCACUUUAGGGUCAGGAACACAAACAUGUAUUCCUGACCCUAUUAUUUCCAGCGCCGCGCGAGUCCACCGGUGCUAACUCCGUCCCCUUUGUGGAAUAGGGAAAGCAUUGGAUUGGCUAAAAUUGGCACAGGGGUGGGGCCAAAUGCAGAUUUGGCCAAUCAGUGCAUCUCUAUGAGGAAAGUUCAGCGUCUUCAUGCAAAACGUGGGGACGCUGAAUGGCAGGGUUGCUUACUGUGCAGCCCUGAGCCAGGAAGCCCCUCUAGUGGCCAUCUAAGGAGUGGCCACUUGGAGGUGUCCCUAGGGGCAAUGUAAACACUGCCUUUUCUUUGAAAAUGCAGUGUUUACAUGCAAAUGCCUGAAGGGAGCUAUUAUACUCACCAGAACAACUACAUUAAGCUGUAGUUGUUCUGGUGACUAUAGUGUCCCUUUAACUAAUAUGUGUUUGUGCGUUCUGAGAAAAAAAUAUUAAUUUAGAAAUCGUUACUUCUGUAUUUAACUGUAUUCUGUUACUUGAUGCCUCCAUCUUGGCUCUCUGUCAAUCAUAAUUCUAAGCGCUGCCAUUUUAUGUCAUUGAACAUACUAUGUGGAGGUAGGGAAACUGGAACAAUGCUUCUGGGUUUUUUUUUCUCCUCUAAUGCAAUUAGAAGUGAAUUGUGAUGUCAGUUGCUAAAUCUUUAAUAUAAAAUUAAAGCAAAACAGAGCACUGUAUAAAACAGUUCAACAUAUAUUAUAGUUGAUUUUCAAAAUUUUAUUCAAUAUGAAAUUUCCAGAAAAAGUUCCCUUUUAAACAAAACUUGCAGCAAACUACUUCACGCUUUUAUCUUUUAACUUUAUACCUUUAAUCUCACUUUACAGGGAAUCAGCAGUAUGAAGACACGUGUCCUCAAACUUUGCUAUUUUUUCAUCUUUCCUAAUCUUUUAGUGACUGGAAAUGGCUUACUGGUGUCAAUGUGUGACAUCAUGAAGUGGCUCGCUAGUCUGGAUUGAAAUUUGAGGUUUCAGUCUGAAAAACUCAAAUUGUCUCAUAGAUGAUAUUAAUAUUGUCCUCUUUGUAUGUGAACAGUAUAUUAUUACAUAUUAAUUUCUUGGGGAAGGAAUACUUACUAAUCACUGUGACCGAAGAACCUUUUUUUGUGGCUGGAAUGUAUGGUGCCUUUAUUCCUUGUAAUAAUGUUGCAUAAUAUUGGCUGUCUACUUGUACAAAAUAAUAAGUAACAAUUAUGCCAGUGAGACAUUAUUAUGUAUACACAUGCUUUUGAAAUAAAGGAAUUGACAGAUUA